AUGCCUGGAGCCAACCCUGAAGACUACAAGAAGACUGCGAGGAGUCCUAGCAACACCACCUCCACAGUUCAACACAACACUACGUCUGACGACACCAUCACCCCCUUUAUCAACGUACGAGAGAAGUCAGCAAUUUCCUUCAACUGGUCUACAGCAGCAAGAGCCCUGGGAACACGACCACAGACAACAGACACCACCACCAACACACAGCAGCAGCUGUACCAACCACCACCAGCAGCAGCACAAACCACCACCAGCGGCACCAAAACCACAGCAGCACAGCAGUCCUUUAAACCACCACCAGCAGCAGCACCUCCACAGCAGCAGGUACCAACCACCACCAGCAGCACAACUACUACAGCAGCAGUCCCAACCACCACCUCACAGCACAACUACCACAGCAGCGGUACCAACCACCGCCAGAAGCACAAACCACCACAGCAGCAGUACCAGCCACCACCACAGCGGCAGUGCCAGCCACCACAGCAGCGGUGCCAGCCACCACCAGCAGCAGCACACACCACCACAACAGCGGUACCAGCCACCACCAGCAGCACAACUACCACGGCAGCAGUACCAGCCACCACCACAGCAGCAGUACCACCACAGCAGCGGUGCACCAACCACCACCACAGCAGCAGUACCAGCCACCACCUUGGUGCCACAGCAGCCUGGCAGUACCAGCCACCACAGCAGCACCACCACCAGCAGCAGCAGUACCACCACACGGCAGGCAGUACCAGCCACCACCGGCAGCAGUGGUACCAGCCACCUGGCAGCAGCGGUAACCAGCCACCACCACAGCAGCAGUACCAGCCACCACGGCAGCGGUACCAGCCACCACCUGCAGCACAACAGCUUGUACCACCACAGCGGCAGUACCAGCCACCACCACAGCAGCGGUACCAGCCACCACCACAGCAGCAGUACCCAGCCACCACAGCAGGAGUACCAGCCACCACACAGCAGCGGUACCAACCACCACCAGCAGCACAGCCACCACAGCAGCGGUACCAGCCACCACCAGCAGCACCACCUCCACGGCAGCAGGUGGGGCCAGGUGCUCAGGUGCUGACAAUAGUGAAAAGUCAUAUUGUCUUCUUGAAGGUACGUCUCCCGACCUCUCUGCCAGAACCUACGGCGAUCCUACUACCACCGCUGAAGCUUAUCCAGAAUGGCUGGUGCCUUGCUUCCAGAAAGUGGCGUGUGUCCACAGAAGCAAGAUUUGGUCCUUGCUUCCUGUUUCUGAUGACGGACUGGGUGUUUCGCCAGCCUCCUAUGACGAUUUCGAACAUGCUGUGA